CUGAUUGAAUUGAAUCUGGGCCAAGGAAAUUAUGUAGCCUGCUUGUUCUCGCUCGGAAAAGGGAGUGAGAGUGAGAGAGAAAAGCAGAGAGACAAGGGAGGAGUUGGCUGGGAGCUGCCGAGCUGCCUGGCCACUUUGGCAGCCAAAACACCGAGCCGAUCCAAGCGGGCCUCCGUGCCUUUUGACUCUUCCUUGGGUUAUCUGCUAUCUCCCCUUUUGUGGCUCCCCUGCAUGGCCCCGGCUUGUUCACGUUGGGCUCCUGAAUGGGCAGCGUCCGGAGUCUUUGGCAGGUAGCUCGGGACAGCCAGCCACGCCGUCAACAAAAAUCCAAUGUACCCGCCAUUCCCGGAAGGAAUGCAGAUGGCAAUAUUUGGCAUGGGGUGUUUCUGGGGAGCGGAGAGAAUGUUCUGGAAGCUGUCGGGCGUCUUCUCCACCCAGGUGGGCUUCUCAGGAGGGUUUACCCCCAAUCCUACCUACAAGGAAGUCCGCAGUGGGAUGACAGGACAUGCGGAAGUGGUCAGAGUUGUGUUUGACCCACAGAUCAUCGGCUAUGAAGACCUUCUCAAGUUUUUCUGGGAGAACCACGAUCCAACCCAAGGCAUGAAGCAAUACGAAGACGUCGGCACCCAGUAUCGUUCAGCCAUCUAUCCCAUUGGAGCUGAGCAGCUGGAAUCUGCCCUGAGAUCCAAGGAGAUGUAUGAGCAGGAGCUGUCUAAGAAGCAGCGAGGACAGAUAACGACUGAGAUCCAGGAGGCCGGGAAGUUCUACUACGCUGAAGAUUACCACCAGCAAUACCUGCACAAAAACCCCGAGGGGUUUUGCGGCCUGAAAGGCACUGGGGUCGCCUGCCCCAUUGGCAAAUGAGAGCCCGCCUCCUCCAAAGGGGAGUGUUCCUGGGAACCAUGGUGAUCGGAACCCUUCAGCAGUUGCCAUGGAAACCGAAGCAGCCUAGCAUCCUCCUUAAUUCAGCUGUAAUUUAGCAACUGGGGCUGUCCUUUCCUUCCUUUGUGUUUGUGGGAUGCUGCAAGAUUUGGGGAAGCAGGCAGACAACGGCCAGCCUGCCAGGACAUUGUCCUGUGCCUUGGAUAAGAUAGAGCUGCCCACCUAUAGAGGCCUCACAUAGGAAAGUGGUGCCUUCUUCCUGGUUGCGGCCUCUUCACAUGUCCAGUCCUGCCUCGGAGAGGGCCGAUGCAGAAAGAUGAGACUGCCAUUGCUCUGAGGCUGUGUUCCCACUGAAGCAUUAACACAUGCGUGGGCCGCCAUUUCCACAUGCCUGUUGUCACACCUUGGUUGUCCGCACACAAAUGCCUUCAAUUUUCUGUGCAGAUAUUUCCCAUCCACAACAGUUGGACACUUCUAGCUGGGUUGUAUUGGGGCUGUGUGUUGUUUUCUAUGCCCUUCCAUUAGCACUGCCAUCACUUUUGGACUCCUGUGGUUUUUGUGUUUUUUUUAAAAAAUAAAUACAUUAUUGGGACCAACUGGGCCUGUUACCUAUUGAAACCCUUCUGUAUGCAGUCAGCAGCAUUUGGCUAGUGGAAAUUGGGCUAGAGAGCAGACUUUGUACCAGUUGCCAUUGCCCACACAGAGCUGCUUGCAGCUAAGAAAGCAACAGAGCUGUUUAUUGUAGGAAAUCUGUAACUUGGAUAGAAAAUUUUCUAGUCUAGAGAAGAACGAGGCAGCCAUGCUUGGUUCUUUGCUUUCAUAGAGGAUAAUUAAAGGUGACCGCUUAUCUUGAGGUUCAAGUAGGAGAAGGAAGAGGAAGUUGUAAGCAGGAUGCAACCUGAGAACAUCAGUCUAAUAUCAAAGAGGUUAAAGGUACAGGGAUAGUCUGGGGAUCUGGAAGUCCAUAACAUUGUCUGUUUUAACCCACGCAAAAGCUGAGUUGCACCCAGACUCACAACAUAGAUGUGUGUGUGUAUUGUGCAUGAUUCCACCAACAGCCUGCUAAGGAGCAGCCCUCCAGAGGGGCAGAGAGAGGGAAAGGGUGGAUGUCCUUGGCGCAAUGCUCACAAUCCCAUUGGCCCUCACCAGUAAGGAGCCAUCUGCAGCUCUUCUGGAGACAACCGAGACAGCCUGCAAUGUAAGUAGGUGGUUGUAGGCAGCGGAAAAAUCCAGUUCCAGUGCAGUUGCAUUUAAAGAAACUCUUCUUGACUCUUACCAAAAGUUGUCGGGAGAACUACUGGAAGACAGACAAGAGCCAUAGAGGAAGCAGGGGAUGUGGAAGUGGGAAGGGGAUUCCCCCCCCAAAAAAGUUCUGACAUGCCAACCCACAAAAAAGCCCCACUGCAGUGUGUCCAGCUCGAUGAUGGCAGUGAGGUAGGCUUAUUACCCCUUUUCGGCUUGUCCCAGGGCUAGGGGGCUUCUUAAUUGAAUGCUCAAAAGGAGGCUGUCAUGUGGAUGAUGGGCCAAAAAUUUAGGUUCCAGGAGCUUCAAACGCAUGUUAAACGCUACUGUGGUCAAGCCCUGAGUGUUUUGGCACUGGUUUUUGCAUCAAAUACUAUCUCUCCUGUGCUUUCCUUUGUAGCGCUCUCUUUAGGUCACCGUGACUUGGAGAGGCUGCCUGGAACUAUGAAAUAAUAUUCAGGAUUUUCCACAUCUGUGACCUGUGACUAAAGCCAAGACCUUGUUUUCUCCCUCUGCUGUGUCUUAUGGGCAUACAACAGGCCAGCUGCUAUUGAACGCAGCUACGCAGCUCCUUCCCCAUUUCACCAAUCUGCAGCGAGAGACAGCUGGCCUGUGUCUCUCCUUCCCAUUCUUUCUGUCCAUCGGCUGUGGCAGGCUAUGUCACACCCACAGGGCUCUGAUGGGCUCCUCUCUGCUCCUGCCCCUGAUUGGCCACGGGACCAUUUAUAACGCCACUCUGUUUUCAAGGUGCAUUUCACAGCCCAGUGGUUAAUGGUGAUGGGAGUUGUAGUCCACCCACAUCUAGGGACCCAAGGUUGAAGAAAUGGCACUAGAUCACAAAUCAACUGCUUAAAUGUCCUCAGUGCGUGUAGCGGGAUUGAGAGAAGAGUCUCUCUCAGAGAUUAGCUACUAGCGUUGUUUGUGGGGGGGGGACUCAUAGUAUCUCCAUCUUUUGGAAGUGCCCUCUGCCCUCUGAUGUUCAUGUGGUACUGGUGCCAGUGAAGGCUCUUCUCUGUGUUGCAUCAAGUCACUGAAUUCAAAGUAGAUCACAACUGGGGGGAAACAGCACUGCUUCGGCAGCCUCCAAAACAUCAUACAGCAGGGGUAGGCAACCUAAGGCCCGUGGGCCGGAUGUGGCCCGAUUACCCGAUUACCUUUUCAAUCCGGCCCGCGGAAGGUCCAGGAAUCAGCAUGUUUUUACAUGAGUAGAAUGUGUACUUUUAUUUAAAAUGCAUCUCUGGGUUUUUUUGUGGGGCAUAGGAAUUCAUUCAUUAUUAUUAUUUUUCAAAAUAUAAUCCGGCCCACCACAUGGUCUGAGGGAUGGUGGACCGGCCCACGGCUGGAAAAGGUUGCUGACCCCUGUCAUAGAGUAAUGCUUCUAGCAACACGGGCCCUUUUUUCAAGUUGCUACGGCUUCGAGAAGUAUUGAGGGGGAAGGGGAGAAGUGGAGCAGUAGCUCAUCUGCAUAUGCUAAUUGUACUGUUCCAGUGACUGGCGGUGCUUUAAAAAAACACCACCAUGGCCAGGCAGCUGUAAAACAAUCCAUGUGUCAAC